CGAUAGCUAUCUACUCGCCCCGUUCUUUCCCCGCUGUGUGCCUUUAUGGUCACAUAUUGACGAACCAGGCCGCUGUGCCUAGUGAGUCCUUCACAUCUCCGGCUUCUAAGCAUUCAUCUCUACUAGACGUGAGGCUUAGGAUGAUUGGCACGGUCGACUCGGGAAUCACUCGAUCAUGCUCCAAGCUUCACCAGUGGUUGGUGUUCUGCAGGUUAGAGCAACCCUUCACUGUACGACCAGCCUUCCAUCCCUGGAGGACAGUCAGGGCAGUCAUCUGCGUCGGUGCGGAGAGGAUGGACCACGAAGAUCUGUUUCUCUUAGUGCUGUCUGAAGUCUGCGACGCUUCCUCGUCUAUAAUUGACGUUUGUUCCAUGCUUCGAUUGGCGCCGCGGUAGUCGGGUAGAUCGAUGUCUGGCUUCCCACCCCGUGUUCCUCUCGUCUCAUCCUCAGGGCUGUUCAUCGCCCCUCCUUAAGACACACCUUCCUAGCUUCAUGGUCACCUGGGCAUGCGGCUGCUCGACACCGUGACCGGCCAGUUCGUGGAGGUCAGUGAUCCUGCAGCAGUCGAGUACGCCAUACUCUCGCAUACCUGGGACCCAAAUGGCGAGCAGUCCUAUCAAGAGCUGAAGGCGAUUCAAGAAUGUUACCGUCCCGGAUCUGAGAAGACCCGCCGCGCGUGCGCGGUCGCGCGCGCCCACGGGCACCGGCUCAUCUGGAUCGACGCGUCUUGCGUCGACCGGACGAGCAGCGCGGAGCUCUCCGAGGCGAUCAAUUCGAUGUUCCGCUGGUACCGCGACGCAUCGGUGUGCUAUGCCUACCUCGCGGACGACCCGCGGGCGGUGAACUCGGCGUUCCGCCACAGCAGAUGGUUCAAGCGGGGGUGGACGCUCCAGGAGCUCAUCGCGCCGCGCGUCGUCGUGUUUCUGUCGCUCGACUGGCGUUUCCUCGGCACGAAGGCGAGCCUCUCGCGCGUCGUCGAGGCCGUCACCGGGAUCGACCGCCCGGUCCUCUUGCACCGCAUGCGCCUGGACGAGGUGAGCGUCGCGAGGCGCAUGUCGUGGGCGGCGGAGCGGCGCACGACGCGGGCGGAGGACGAAGCGUACUCGCUGCUGGGUAUCUUCGAUGUCAACAUGCCAACGCUGUAUGGCGAGGGACGCCGUGCGUUCGUCCGACUGCAGGAGGAGAUCAUGAAGCGCAUCCCGGACCAGAGCCUCUUCACGUGG